UUCUACCACUAUCGUUUGCAGGUCACGCGCCUCAAAUGUGGAGGCUUUAUCGUUGCCCUCCGCCUCAAUCACACGAUGAGCGACGCCGCCGGCCUAGUCCAAUUCAUGUCGGCAGUCGGGGAAUUCGCCCGCGGCGCAAAAGCCCCAUCCAUCCCACCCGUGUGGGACAGGCACCUCCUCAACGCGCGCGACCCGCCGAGCGUGACCUGCACGCACCACGAAUACGACGACGUUCCCGACACCAAAGGAACUCUAAUCCCACUGGACGACAUGGUCCACCGCUCCUUCUUCUUCGGCGCCGCCGAAUUCUCUGCCCUCCGCAGCCUCCUCCCUCCCCACCUCCGCGGCUGCUCCGCCUUCGAGCUCCUCACCGCUUGCCUCUGGCGCUCCCGCACCAUCGCCAUCUCCCCCGAUCCCGAAGAGGAGGUCAGAAUCCUCUGCAUCGUCAACUCCCGGAGGCGCUUCAAUCCGCCGCUCGCCGCCGGAUACUACGGCAACGCUUUUGCCUUCCCCGUCGCGAUAUCGAGCGCCGGCGAUUUAUCGAAGAAUCCGCUGCCCUACGCGCUGGAGCUCGUUAAAAAGACGAAGGCCGAUGUGACGGAGGAGUAUAUGAGAUCGCUGGCGGAUCUGAUGGUGAUUAGGAACCGGCCGCAUUUCACGGUGGUGCGGAGCUACCUGGUUUCCGAUGUGACGCACGCCGGAUUCGGGGAGGUGGAUUUCGGGUGGGGAAAGCCGGCGUAUGGUGGUCCGGCGAAGGGCGGCGUAGGGGCGAUUCCCGGCGUUGCGAGCUUUUAUAUUCCGUUUAAGAAUAGUAAGGGGGAGAAUGGGGUGGUGGUUCCGAUAUGCUUGCCGGCGAAUGCUAUGGAAGUGUUUGUGAAAGAGCUCGAGGGGAUGUUGCGAGGCGGCGAGGAGGUUGCUGAUCGGAAAACCGGAGUGUUCAUUGCGUCGGCGCUGUGAGGUUGUGCUUUUUGCUGCUUAUGUUGUACUAUUUCCUUUAUCGACCUUUCUAUUUUACCAGUAAUUAUGUAACGUGUUUAAAGGGAUUGGGUGGUUGGAUAAAAUUUUAAGAAUGUAUUGCAAAAGGAUUAUAUGUAUUGUACAAAUAAAAUAAUUUAUAAUAACAUUACUAUUCAGUACAA